AUGGCGGCGGGCUCGGAUCUGCUGGAUGAGGUUUUCCUGAACACGGAGGUGGAUGAGAAGGUGGUGAGCGACCUGGUGGGCUCCCUGGAGUCCCAGCUGGCGGCCUCCGGCCACCACCACCAGCACCACAAGGCGCAGGAGCCCCUGAGGGCCGCUGGGGGGCUGCUGGGGAACCAUGUUGUGAGCAGCAGCAGUAGCAGCAGCAGCCCUAGCCCUAGCCCUGGAGGAGUAGUAGUAGGAGGCAAUGCUAAUGCCCAAACAGAGAGCAGCAGCAGCAGCAAGAUGGGACUGAGUGCCCCAGAGAUCACAAAAGCAGGAGCAGGAGGAGUGCAAGGGGGUGUUAUUAAUCAUAACACCAGGUCCCAGACUUCAGCUCUGGAUGGAGCCACCACAACGAGCACCAGCACCACCACUGCAGCAGCAGGAGGAUCUGAAGUCACUGCUGCUCCAGGGACCCUCAGUCAGGGCAAAUCGGUGGUUAUCAGCACCAUGGCAACUGCCUUGUCCACCAGGAAUGGCAAGAUUGGGACCACAACAGUGCAGACUUUGAAUGGGAGUAACGUGGUGAUGAACUCUCACCAUACAGGAGGCGCUGCUUUCUCUGGGACUCCUGUGACUGCUAACCCUGCUUCUGCACCUGCUGUUGCCCCUCUCGUCAACAAUGGACCUGGAUCUGUGGGGAAAGGAAAUACUGUUAAUGCUGUUUUGCCAUCAGCUUCCAACACUGUCAUCCAGACUUCUUUCCUUAAUACUGCCGUGUCCUCUGCAUCUUCCUCCUCGCCCACAGUUAUUGCCUCACAGCCACCACCAAGCAUCGGAACUGCGGCGCCCACGGUAACGCUUGUGAGGCCACCGAUACACACAGCAGGACCCACAGUAGCUGCAGCUGGUGCAGCCACUCAAAACGGGAGCAAUACUGUGAUCAAUUCAACCAUCAGUGUGGGGAGUUUUCCGGCUGUUGCUACAGCCACUGUGGGAUCUGGAGUUUCCCUCCAGACGUCGCUUGUGAACAGCCAGUCUGGUUCCUCUGUGCCAGCAGCUCCCGCCACACAGGUCAUCAAAUCUGAGUCUCCUAAAACUAUAGUCCAGGCAGUAUCCCAGCAGCAGACGCUGGCUACUGGUGGCCAGCCCAGUACUACAGGGGGUAACAUGAUUAUCGGGCAAACUAUGCAAGGUGGGCUCUCCAAUGUUGCUCCCAAUCCUGGUGGGAUACCUCCUGCAGCUCCUGGCACCGCCACAGGAAUGGCUAAAGGCACUGCCAAUACGGUGGCACAAAGUCUGCCAAGGACUCCAACAGCAACUACGAGUGGAAUCAGAGCAACUUUGACUCCUACAGUUUUAGCACCUCGUUUGCCUCAGCCACCUCAGAAUCCAACUAACAUUCAGAAUUUUCAGUUACCACCAGGCAUGGUCCUUGUGCGUAGUGAGAAUGGCCAGUUGCUGAUGAUCCCUCAACAAGCCUUGGCGCAGAUGCAAGCACAGGCGCAUGCCCAGUCUCAGCCUCAAAAUACUAUGACUCCUCGUCCUGCUACACCUACCAGUGCUCCUCCAGUGCAGAUAUCGACAGUGCAGGCUCCAGGAACGCCUAUUAUUGCACGACAGGUGACACCAACUACUAUUAUCAAGCAAGUGUCUCAGGCUCAAACAACAGUGCAACCCACAACAACGCUACAGCGUCCUCCUGUUGUGCAACCUCAGAUUGUUCUGGGUGGUACUGCACAAACAACUACGUUGGGGACAGCAACAGCUGUACAAACUGGAACUCCUCAGAGAACAGUGCAAGGAACAACGGCAACCUCCACUGCUGCCACAGAAACUAUGGAAAAUGUGAAGAAAUGUAAAAACUUUCUGUCCACGUUAAUAAAACUGGCAUCAUCUGGAAAACAGUCUUCAGAGACUGCGGCUAACGUGAAAGAAUUGGUACAGAACCUGCUGGAUGGAAAAAUUGAAGCAGAGGACUUUACCAGUAGGCUGUACAGAGAACUUAAUUCUUCACCUCAACCUUACCUUGUGCCUUUUCUGAAGAGGAGUUUACCUGCCUUGAGACAGUUAACACCAGACUCUGCAGCUUUCAUUCAACAAAGUCAACAGCAACAGCCAACAACGCAAGCAACAAUAGCAACAAUUCCAUCUGCAGCGGUGCUUCUAAGCUCCUCAGUUCAGCGCACAGCAGGGAAGGCAACUGCAACUGUAACGAGUACUCUCCAACAACCUGUAAUCAGCCUAACGCAGCCUACACAAGUUGGUGUUAGUAAACAAGGGCAAACUACACCACUGGUUAUCCAACAGUCUCAAAAAACAGGGACAUUGAUAAGACCUCCACAGGUAACGUUGACACAGACACCAAUGGUAGCGUUGCGGCAACCACAUAGUCGUAUUAUGCUCACUACUCCUCAAAUUCAACUGAAUCAACUUCAGACAGUACCUGUGGUAAAACCAGCAGUAUUACCUGGAAACAAAGCUAUUGCCACUGUUUCAACACAAGUAGCUGCUGCUCAGAAGAAUAAACUGAAAGAACCUGGGGGAGGCUCUUUUAGGGAUGAUGAUGACAUUAAUGAUGUUGCAUCAAUGGCUGGAGUCAACCUGUCAGAGGAAAGUGCUCGGAUAUUGGCAACAAACUCUGAGCUAGUAGGCACAUUAACAAGGUCCUGUAAAGAUGAAACCUUCCUUUUCCCAGCACCUUUACAAAGAAGGAUAUUAGAAAUAGGUAAAAAACAUGGAAUAACAGAAAUCCAUCCUGAUGUAGUUAGCUACGUAUCACAUGCUACACAACAAAGACUACAAAACCUCGUGGAAAAAUUAUCGGAAACUGCUCAACAAAAGAAUAUUUCUUACAAGGAUGAUGAAAGAUACGAACAAGCAAGUGAUGUUCGGGCACAGCUCAAGUUUUUUGAACAACUUGAUCAAAUAGAAAAGCAGCGUAAAGAUGAACAAGAAAGGGAAAUUUUAAUGCGUGCAGCAAAGUCUCGAUCUCGACAAGAAGAUCCAGAGCAGCUUAGGUUGAAACAGAAGGCCAAGGAGAUGCAGCAACAAGAGCUAGCGCAGAUGAGACAGAGGGAUGCCAACUUGACUGCAUUAGCUGCGAUCGGUCCCAGAAAGAAAAGGAAAAUAGAUUCACCAGGAUCUGGAUCAGGGACAGAGGGAUCUGGUUCAAGUGCAGCAGUCCCAGGCAGCUCUGGAGUUGGAACAACCAGACAGUUUACGCGACAAAGGAUAACGCGGGUGAACCUCAGGGACCUCAUAUUUUGUUUAGAAAAUGAGCGAGAGACAAGCCAUUCACUAUUGCUAUAUAAAGCAUUCCUUAAGUAAAAUGGAAAAGAUCAAGGUAUUUUUGACGGAGAGACGCCUGAGGACAUUUUUUAUAUAUUUGCAAAUUACGCCUUUUUGUAACAAGCAA